ACCACGAAACCGAAAGUCGAACGUGAAACUCUAACCGUGGUUCCUAAAGCAUUAGAUCAACUACGAGAAAUCAAGGGUCAUGUAUGCGUGGUAUCUAUUGCUGGUCCUUGCAGAAAGGGGAAAUCUUACAUCCUUAGUAAAGCAUUUGAAAAAGAGCUGGUGUUCCCAUUGGGUCAUCUUCUCGAUCAAGAGACCAUGGGAAUAUGGCUAUGGGUGGUGCCAGAGAAAUUCAAAGACAGUACAGGAAGAGAGUUCACAGUAGUUCUGAUGGAUUCUGAAGGCAUUGAUGCAGUUUCCAGCAAACAAUCUGAUGAUUACAGGAUCUUUACUUUGUUAGUUCUGUUGUCAUCUAUCAUGAUUUAUAACUCUACUGGUGUGCCACAAAGAUCUGAUCUUGAAGGAAUGGACUUCAUUGUCAAAUUGCCCCAACGCAUACAGCUGCACACCAAACAGCAGCCCACCGAUGAUCAGCAUUUCUAUGAAGCCUUUCCUUACUUUGUCUGGCUGUUGAGAGAUGUGGUGCUUAAUCUUCCUACAGUAUAUAAGACGAUCAAAGAUUACUUCAUAAAAAAUCUUUUCAACUGCAAAGCUGAAGGGAACACCGAGAAAGCCAGGAAGAUCGCUGAGAGCAUUUUAAAGUAUUUCUCUGGAUUUGAUGCAUUUUCACUUCCUCCUCCAGCUUAUGAUGAAGAGGUUGUAACAAAUCUCAACGACGAGAAAUUCAAGUCUCAAAUACACCCAGAAUUUCUGAAGCAAACCGAAGACUUCAAAGCUGUCCUUCACUCGAAGCUGUCACCCAAGAAGUCUAUCAACAAAGGAGAGUUUGUCACUGGCGAAGCGUUAGCAGCUCUGAUCGAACUGUUCGUAGAGGCACUCAACACCCCUGGUGCUGUACCCAACGUACAAAACGCCUGGGACACAUUUGUACAAACCAAAUGCAACGACGUCUUAGCUGAUGCUCUGAAAGCAUACGAACAGGAAAUGACGUCAUUCGUCGAGAAGAAAAUUCCUUGUGAAGCCGAUUUGUUACAAAGUGCGCAUAAAAAUGCCAUGGAAAAGUGUCUUGAAAUGUUCCGAAAUGGGACCCUCUCUUUUUCUAUCAAAAGUGUCGACAAGUACUUGAAGGAGCUGACGGAUAAAACAGACUCCAUCAUGACAUCAUGGCUCGACAAGAACAGAAGAGAAACCGAAACUUUUUGCACUCAGCUUAUCAAAGAACUCAAGCAAGACAUCCUUGACCCAGUCCUUGCUCGCCUUCGUAGUCAAGAAGGAUCCAAGAUGCAGUUCGGUGACAUUGUCGCUGCUUACAAUGAAAUCCAGCAAAAGUAUUCCAGCAACGCUCGUGGUGCUAAGAACGUCAAGGCAUCGGUGUUUAUGAACUUCCAUCCGGAACUUCAAAAAGACAUGCAGCAAAACAUUCAUCUCUUGCAACUGAUGAAAGACUUUGAUAAGACCCUGGCUGAGGAAAAAGCCGCCAAAGCUGCAUUAGAGGAAAAGAAACAGAAAAUUAAGGAGGAAAAAGCUCGUUGUGAAAAAGAGAACAGGGACAAAGAAAGAGAGAUGGAGGUCCUUCGUCAAAAGCAACAAGAAGAGAAAGCCGGACUGCAAGAGCUUUUUGAGAAGAACUUGAAAGACCAGCGCGAACAGCUAACAAACAUGAUGGAGGCAAACUUUGAAGAGCAAAGAAAAGACAGA